AAGGGAGCCAGGCUUCUAUCGUGGGGACGACCCCGUGACUGGGCCCGAGAUUAUGUAGCGACGAUCGGUGGGCGUGAUGUUGCGCAGGUUUCGCGAUCAUUCUCGCGAUUUGAAGAGAACUUGGAAAAAGAGAUUGAUAUUCAGCAAAGAGAGUGUCGGCUUGCAAGACAUCCCUAAUCCGUGUCAACAUGAUAGUACGUUUAUCGGCCCGGCCCCGACACGUUCGACAAAGCCUGUGAAAGACCGUUCGGCAGAUCCCUUGGGAAUCACUGUACUCUACGAGCCUCAGGCGCAACACACCGCCGAUAUCAUAUUUGUCCACGGGCUCGGGGGCUCAAGCCUUCAGACGUGGUCAAAGGAUGGUGACCCAAAACUUAGAUGGCCUCAGCAAUGGCUGCCGCUAGAGCCAGAGACUUGCAAGGCCAGGAUUUUGACGUUUGGGUAUAAUGCUCCUUCGCAGCGGGGGCGGGAUGGCUCUGCAGCCGACAUUUUGGAUUUCGCAAGGUCCCUACUAUUAGAAAUGAAAUAUGGGAAGGAUGAUCAGUCUAGGGAACUUGGAUUAGGAAAGAAGCCAAUUAUAUUUGUCAACCACUCGCUCGGUGGACUUGUGUUCAAGCGGGCAUAUGUUCAAGGAAUCCGCGAUGAUGGCUUUCGCUCCAUUGUGAAAAAUAUUCACGCCGUUCUUUUUCUGUCAACGCCCCAUCACGGGGCCAAGCCUGCAAGGAUUUUGAAUUGGAUUUCCUCCAUUUCAAUAUUUAGUCAUUCAUCGAAGCGCUACAUUACAGAACUAGAGGCGAACUCGCGGAUCAUCCCCGAGAUAAACGAAAGUUUUCGAUCUUUCAUUCAUAAUUUAGAUAUAUUCUCCUUUUAUGAACUAGAGCCGACCCCUAUCACUCGGUUUAUAUCGGUGACAAUAGUGGGCAAAGAAUCGGCAAAAAUUGGGUGCCCUGGAGAAGUUCGAGUUCCUCUCGAUGCAAAUCAUCAUACAGUCUGCAAGUUCUCGAGCCCUCGAGAAUCUACCUACAAGAAACUUAAUGGAUUGUUGCAGCACCUAGUAUUCUCGUAUCAAUUUGCGGGCGCUGAUAUUGCAGAUUCGAGAGUGCACAAUGUGAAAAUAGGAGCAGAUAUGCCGGUUAUAGAGCCACGCUUGGAACAUUAGAUGCACCGGAGCAUGAUCAUCUUACUUUAAAGACAAAAUGGGCUCUAGGAACUGGAGAACCCGCUGUGACAAGUCAAGAAGUGCGGCCUUGGCGGAGUAGUAGGAAUCCAGGGAUUCUCUGGAUACCCGCUCGCCCUAGAGCCGGUAAAUCCGUUCUAGUGGCACAGCUUUUAUGCCGACUCCAGAUGGACCAGUGCAAUUACAGCUGCUGCGUCUUAAAUUACAUCAAUGUCAAUAAAACGUCACUCGGCGGUCUUCUUAGACCGCUUGCUUUUCAGUCAUCUCACAGGGCUUUUGAAUUCGGGUAUUUUUUAUGGUAUCUGCCGCAGGGCGGUUUAAAUUACCAUCACACCCAGGCCUUGGGAAAUCUGGCAAAAAAGCUUUUGUGUCAGGUCUCUUAAGAUCUCAUUCGCAGAACUUAUUGAUUGGAUUAUCGACGCUUUCAAAGUAUCAAAUUCAAUAAGUGAUACCGAUUUGCUCUCAA